AUGAGCUCCCUUUCCAAAGUGUCUCCACAACUUGAGUUGCCAACCGCUCAAAAGCAAGCAAACACCCAGAAGCCUUCCAAGACCUCUCGAUCGUAUGUCCAUUUCGUUGCAGGAGGAGUGGGUGGUCUAGUAGGUGCUGUAUGUACUUCGCCAUUGGACGUCGUCAAGACAAGACUUCAGUCGACUUUCUAUCAACAAGCUAUCAUCCAUGCACCUCGCAAGCAUUAUUUAUUGGGACACUUUAUGGAAACUGGAAGAUUGUUGGUGCGCAUCAAACAAGUGGAAGGCAUUCGAGGUUACUUUAAGGGUCUUGGUCCUAAUCUUGUGGGUGUUAUUCCAGCAAGAUCCAUCAACUUUUACACAUAUGGCAAUGGCAAAAAGAUAUACACAGAGCUCAACCAUGGCAAAGAGACACCUGCAGUGCAUCUAGUAUCGGCAGCCACAGCAGGCAUUGUCACUUCUACAGUUACCAAUCCAAUUUGGGUAGUCAAGACGCGUUUGCAAUUGCAGGGCAAUGGCCCACGAAGAUACCACAACAGUCUUGAUUGCACGCUCCAUAUAUUGAAAGAAGAAGGCAUACGUGGAUUAUACAAGGGCAUGAGUGCAUCCUAUCUUGGUGUAGCAGAAGGCACUAUUCAAUGGGUGACUUAUGAGCAUUUGAAGCGUCGAUGGGCAGUGAAUCAGCACAGGGAAGGACGCUUCAGGAUAGGCGGCAAAGAUUUGGAAGGAUGGAUCGGCAACAUUGGUGCAGCAGCAGCAGCGAAAUUGGUAGCAGCAUGUAUCACAUACCCCCACGAGGUCAUUCGUACACGACUACGACAACCAAGUGAAAAUGGCGUGCGUAAAUAUCAUGGCUUGGUGCAAUCAUUACGUCUUAUUGUCAAGGAGGAAGGAUUUGCUGCUCUUUAUGGUGGAAUGACAGCCCAUUUGAUGCGAGUGGUUCCUAAUGCAGCCAUCAUGUUCUUUUGUUAUGAAGCUAUCAUCCACCACUUUGAUCAUGAUUCCCGACCCGAAAACGUCAUCAAGAACACCUCCUCAGCAUAG